AUGAAAUUUAAGCCAAAAAUGUUGGGCCAAAAGAUUGAAAUCAAUGGUUUGAAUAUACAUUAUGUGAAAGUAGGGACGGGUCCUGAAAAGGUACUGCUGUUGCCCGGAGGCCUCGGCACGAGUCAAACGGAUUUUAGCGAUCAAUUGUCAAGUUUUGAUCCAAACGUGUUUACACUCAUCGCAUGGGAUCCUCCGGGUUAUGGAUACAGUCGACCCCCGGAAAGGGAUUGGCGUCUAGAAAUAUAUGCCAUAGACGCGGACCUGGCGGCCAAACUAAUGCAGAAAUUGGGAAUCAAUUUCUACUCAAUACUGGGUUGGAGUGACGGCGCAAAGACAGCGCUACAAAUGGCCAUUAAAUAUCAAUCGGUGAUCAAUAAAACGGUGAUUUGGGGCGUUGGCUGCUUCUGUAAGCCCGAAAACAUACGAGCACUCUAUGCGACCAGAAAUGUGAAGGUGUGGAAUCCAAGAGUUCGGGAACCCUUUGAAUCGGUUUACGGGAAUGAAUUGCAGACUCUAUGGGGCCGACUCGUGGACUUCUACCAGUCGACCAUGCUCAAUUGGACGCUCAAGAGCGAGAUCAAACGGAUCCAUUGCCCGACAUUCAUACUACACGGCGAUAUCGAUCCGCUCAUCGAUUUAGAGCAUCCGAACUACUUAUUGAGUCACAUAUCGGACUCAAGACUGCAUCGAUUCGCCGACGGAUCCCAUAAUAUUCAUCAGGAGUUCGCCAAACAAUUCAAUCAAUUAGUUCAGGAUUUUCUCCUCGAGUGAAACGCACACUCCAUGUCAUGAGUGAUUGGCUUUUGAUUUUUCUUGGUAUAAAUUUUUCAAUGUUUUGUUUAAUGUUUCUUAAAGGC